AUGACUCUUAUGUGGGCAGUGUUCUCUGAGCUGAUCGAAACAUACCCUGAUGUUCCCGCCAAGUACACGUACAACUAUGGGGUGAUUCACGACCCAACACUCACGGACUUCAGUCACGAGGAAGCAAGAGACGGCCCUAAGACGACAGGUGGUUAUCGAGUCGUCCUGCCAGAUGGUCGUACUCAGGUGGUCUCAUACACGGCGGAUGCAGAUGGCUACGUGGCCCAGGUGUCUUACGAAGGUCAAAUCCACGCCCACGCCCACACCCACACCCACAGCCCACCACCACCACCACCUCCACCAGUUCUUCACCACCCAGAACCUUACCAUGUUGAACCUUACCAUGUUGAACCUUACCAUGCUGAACCUUACCAUGCUGACCCAUAUCAUGCUGACCCAUAUCAUGCUGACCCAUUCUAUCAUCACUCUGGACCAUAUCACAACCCCCACGCCCACGCCCACCCACUGCCUUACACCCAUAAUUCUCUACCCAUUGAAUCUUACCUAUAAUCUCUCCCUUAUUUAGCCUUCCUAUUCCAUUCUCACCCUGAUUCUCACCCUGAUGGCUCCCUAAACACCCUUCCUUAUUCUCCCUCACCCUGAGACUAACACAACACUAUUAAUUACCAUAUGUAAAAUAAUGUGUAGUAGCUUUUAACAUUAAUUAAUACGUCAUUAUAAUCUGCCAUGUAGUGACGUAACUUCCUUAGCAACCAGUAGCCAAUCAGCGUCUGAGAAAGUUUUGGUUGCUAAGGACGUCAAAAAUGGGUAGCAACCAACAACCAAUCAGCGUCUGGGAAAUUGCUAUGGUGGAGAUUAUUUCCUGCUUUAAAGAAUAAAUAUACGAAUGGU